AUGCGAGGGGGGACAGAUGGCGAAGCUCGGAAGGCGUCAACGCUUAGCCACGCGUCGGAUCAGGAGAGGACCGCGCCUUCGGUGCGAGGUGGCUGCAACACGCGUCGGACACGGGGCAUCUCGCAUGCGAGAUUUUCUUCUCCUUUUAACUUCGAAGGCAGCUACAAGCGAUUUUACAGAUCGAAAUUUGAUUUUGGGGGAAAUCUUAAUGAAAUGAGGAUACUUCCGAGAGAUGUUGUGAUGAGAUGA